UUUGGGCAAAACUCCCGCCUUUCCAUCUGUCUCUCUAAAAAAUCAAUUGAGACUGUGAAGCGAGUCUUCGUGAAGCUGAAGGAUGAUCUUCAAUAUUGCUUGAUUAAGGUUCUCUUAUCAAAAUGAAGCCUAUUCGCAGAAUCAACAAACCCGAUACAGUGCCAAAGCUUGAUUUGGAGGAGGUAAUUGGAUUGACAACAAAAAACAGCAACGGGUUAGCUUCGAAUACCUCGAGUUCCAAAUGUGCUUAUUUGGCAGGUUGUGUGGUGGUGAUUCUUGACGUGAAUUCGGGUACUCAGUCGCACCUCAUGGCAUCUAAUAGAUUGCCGAAGCCUUUGAGCUGUGUAGCUUUGCCACAAGAUGGCCGCUUUGUUGCAGCUGGAGAGGCAGGGAACCAGUCCUCAGUACUAGUUUGGGAUUCUUCUACUUUGUCCAUUGUCUCUGAAUUGAAAGGCCAUCUAUAUGGAGUUGCAUGCAUCUGUUUCUCACCAAAUGGUAAACAUCUGGUAUCUGUUGGGGGAUAUAUUUACCUUUGGGACUGGCGGAGUGGUGCGCUGAUAACAAAGCUUCAAGCAACUUCAUCUUGUUCUACUAUCUCAAGUGUUACUUUCUCAUCAGAUGCAAAAAUUAUCGUAACUGCUGGUAAAAAGCACUUGAAAUUCUGGACACUUGAAUCAUCUCGAAAAACUCAACAAAAUGGAGGGAUGAGCAGGACUGCCCGGACUGCAUCACCAUCAAUACACGAAAAGCUUGCAAAACUCUCAAUUCAGAAAGAAAGCUCUUUUACCUCUAUUGCCUCAUCGGUGUGGAGCAAUAGCAGUGAUGAUAUUCGUAAACAAGCUGGUGGUUUGUUUCCUAUAUAUACAUUGACUGAUUCAGGCAUUUUAUACCUUAUUCAUUCAGGGCUGUCAGUCAGAAAGUCCGUGAUCUUGAAGGUUCAAAAAGCUUUUGCGUUAUCAACAUCAAGAAAGCUAAUUGCUUGUGCAUGCAAUAAUGGAACAGUCCUAUUAUAUACCCCUGUGUCUCUGGAAUAUAUGGGCAGUAUAUUAUAUUCAAAGGCCAAUAAAUUUCAUGAAGAAAACAACACUGUUUGCAAUGCCUUAUUUUCUGAACAGAAUUUCCAACAGUUGCCUGCAUUGCCUGAUGCUGUUGCAUGCCAGUUUUCAGCCUUAGAAAAGCUUGUGGUUAUUUACAGAGAUCACAGCCUCUACAUCUGGGACAUCCAUGAUUUGAAUCAGGUCACAAAGUGUUUUCUGCUAGUUUCACAUUCCUCAUGCAUAUGGGAUAUCAAGAAUCUAUGUUGUGAAAACAUGCAUGACCCGUCUCUUGCAUGCACUGCUAAAGGUUGUCCGGGAGGGGUUUCUUUUGCAACAUGCUCUGCUGAUGGUACAAUUAGGCUAUGGGAUAUUUCUUUGCAAUCUGAUUUGUCAGAAGACGCUGAAGAGCUUAAGAAUGAACUAUUGGGUUCUUCAUGUUUAGUAAGUGCAGGGACUUUUGAACGUGAUGCAGUUAAGGUAGAUCUUACUAGUCAAGAAUUUCGAUCUCUUGCUGUUAGUUCAGAUGGAAAGUAUCUUGCUGCUGGUGAUUGUAAAGGAAACCUUUAUAUAUACAACCUACAAACAUCGGAUUACACAUGUUUUCAGGGUGCUCAUGAUGCCGAGAUUCUUACAUUAAGCUUUACCUUGUCCACCCAAUCUAUAUCUGGGGAAAUUGCAAAAGGCAGUUACUUCCUUGCCUCUGGGGGACGGGAUUGUAUAAUCCAUCUCUAUGAUGUUGGAAGAAAUUUUGAUCUUAUUGGCAUCAUUGAUGACCAUUCAGCUGCUGUGACUUCUAUCAAAAUUAGCAGCGACAAUUGCAGGAUUCUCAGCUGUAGUGCUGAUAGUUUCCUGGUCCUUCAUGAUGUAGUAAUAGGAGAUAAUGGUUAUAAAAUUUUGCGGCAACAUCGUCAAAAGGCUUCACAAAGUGGGACAGUCUAUGACAUGGCUGUGGACCUGACAUGCGAGACUGUUGUCACAGUUGGGCAGGAUAAGAAGAUAAAGACAUUUAACAUGGCUACUCAGAGACUAAUAAGGUCCUACAAUGGUGAUAAAUUUUUUGGAGAACCUAUAAAGGUUAUAAUGGAUCCAAGCUGCACAUAUGUGGUCUGCUCAUUCUCUAACAAGUCCAUCUGCAUUUAUGACUUUAUGACUGGAGAGAUGGUUGCCAAGGCCACGGGACAUGCUGAAAUUGUUACUGGUGUCAUCUUUUUGCCUGAUUGCAAGCAUAUAGUUUCAGUAGAUGGUGAUGGUUGUGUUUUUGUAUGGAAAUUGCCCAUUCCAUUGUCUUCUAAAAUAUUGGAGAGAAUAAUGGAAAAAGGUAAUCCAUUGCCUUCAAGAAUUCCUGAUCAGCCUCCUGCUUGUAGUUAUCUAUCAUUUUGCAAAGAGGAGUGUCAGCACUACAAGAUCAAUCCUGAGGAUGUGUGUUCAUUAAGGAAAGAGACCCAAAAUGGAAAUGGAGUGCUUAAUUCAGAAAGUAGUCAUAGAGAAGCUUCAUCUUUUAAAUACAGUAUUUCAAGACUUCCCAGAUGGGCACAACCAAAAGGGACUGGCGGCAAGAAUGUUAGUUACACUUCAUCAGAGGCAUAUUCUGCUUUAUCCCCAGAAGUUCGAAUACCAUUGGAUCAUGCUUCAUUAUCACCAGAGACUGUGGACUCUCAAUGCUCUUCACGGUCAAGAGGUACUUUCAACAACACUGCUUUGGACAACCAUUGGCGCUCUGUUUACACUGUUUGUAUGGAUGCACUUUCCUCCCCGGAGAUGCAUAAUGUACUUGACACAAAGUUUCCAAAGAUUCCCUCGAGUUUAAGACAUGAUAAGGUUUUGAUCAAUGAGGACCAGAUCUCCUUUGAGCUUAGUAGCCUUAAUGAGAAGAUGGAUCUCGUUUUGGACCAGCAUGUUGAUUGCAACAGUAGCGAUUCUUCUCGGCAUACUAUAGAAGUUUCCAAUAGAAAAGCAGAGCAGUUAUAUUUAGAUGAAUCUGGAAGCAUGUCAAAAACAACUCUGGAAGAUAACUUGGACAAUCUGCACUGUGAAGAAGACAGUGAUAUCUUUAAGCGGCAUUUUGGCAGCCUAUCAAGUACACACAAGAUGGUGUCUAGGAAUUCAUUAGUUAGAAAGUUAUCUGCAAGAUACACUGUGCAAUGGGAUUUUGCAGGGGACCGCAAGAAGUUAUUUAGCAGUCCAGUCAGGAAUAUGACUGAUAGCAAGAGCUCCAAAGAAGAUGCAACUCAUAUUAUAACAGAAAAUAGAUCCUUGCAGGUGAUGGAAAUCGAAGAAGUGAGAAAUUCUUGUGAACAAGACCUCAAGAAUUCAGCACCAGGUUUAGCAGAUUCAACAUGUGAAUUAAUCAGCUACCCUGCCAAAGAAAAUUCAACAGACAAUCAGCCGGGGCAAGGCAGAUAUCAAAAGGAAGGCGGUUUUGACGGGAGUGAACUGCAAGAAACCAUAGCUGCAUGCAAGAAAGCAUUUGGUAGCUUGGAUGCAGCAGCUGAGAGUGCUGUGCAAUUAUUUUCAGAAUUAGAAAAGGGUUUAGGAGAAGAGGUUUCAAGUGAUGGAGUUCAAUUUAUAAAUGCUGCUGCUGAACUACUUCCACUAAUUGUUGAGAAAGUAAAUACUGUUGCUAGAUUGGUUCAAUGUAGGAAGAACAAACAGUAAGUGGGGAAGUAGAUUAGGCAUUCUAGAAUUAAACUAAUUAAUUGGUAGAUUUACCAAAGGUUAUUAGGACAAAAUUUAGAAAAUACCAAAAGAUGGUGCAGGCGUUCAUUGAAUAUAAUUCUUAGUCUCCUGCAGAAUAUAUUAAAGAUCCUUUGCUUAACAAGA